ACGCCUUAACGCCACAGCCUGUACACCUUCCGACGCUCCUGCACACGUAACUCCCUCGCCAUGAAGUCGAUGCUCGUCCUGCUCCUCGCCGCCUGCGCCGCCGCCAGCUACGUGGCCCCAGUCCACCACGCGGUCGUGGGCGGCCCCGUGAUCGUGCGCGCCCCCUCCCACGACUCCGCGAUCAUCCAGAGCCACCGUCUGGGCGGCAACUUCGCCUACUCCACCCACGAGGCUCACGCCCACGCCGUGGUCAACCCGAUCAUCGGCCACCGCCAGGUUCCCGUGGGCGUGUCCUACCACCCGGGUCAGCCCAUCGUCCACUCCGAGACCGACUACGUGUCCACGUACGUCCCUCGCUACGGCUACGUUCAGCCCCACGUCGCUCGCACCCACUACUAGGGGGCGAGUGAGAGGACCUUCGGGAUGGGUGUGCUGGCGUCGCAGGCGCCACGGUUCCUUGCCUUCUGACGUCCUGCGGCUCGGAUUCUCUCUCUAAUUUUCCUUCAAUCCCCACUUUUGACCUUGUUUCGUUCCAUCUUAUUCCACUUGUCACUUUUCAUUUCGUCCUGGUCGUUAAGUGUGAUGUUCCCUUUGGCUUGGCGACAGAGCCCCUAAGGGUUGGUCGCCUUGCCGUGUACAGCUGAGGUGUAAGGCUUGUCAUUUUUGAAAGUCCUUUGUGUAGAUAUUUU